GCCCCAUCUCCAUCCAUCCGCCUCCCUGACGCUUGGAGCUGCAGAUCAUUCAUCAAAGAUUUUCUCUCCAAGGCCGCAAAGUCUGUUACCCAAGAUGAUGAAUGCCAACAUGGAUGCAGUUGACGCUGAAAACCAGGCGGAACUGGAGGAGAAAACACGGCUGAUUAAUCAGGUGCUGGAACUCCAACACACACUGGAAGAUCUCUCUGCAAGAGUAGAUGCAGUCAAAGAAGAAAAUCUGAAGCUAAAAUCAGAAAAUCAAGUUCUUGGACAAUAUAUAGAAAGCCUCAUGUCAGCUUCUAGUGUUUUUCAAACAACUGACACAAAAAGCAAAAGAAAAUAAGGCAUGGCUGCCCCUCUGAUUUAAUGGAAUUGCUGCUGGUCUUUUUCUUUAUAACUUGGAUAGAUUCCAAAAGUUAAGGUACUUAGGUUUGAAGCUUCAUUGAAUAUUUAUGAAAAUAAUGUCAGCUCUAGGCAAAUCUAGAGCAAACCAGACUUCCAUGAGUUUGUGUAUUAUGUUAGUCUAUGAAAACGUGCAAAUGUAUUGUAGAGACUUUAUAAUUAGAAAUGCAUAUAUUUAUGAAACUUGAA